AUGCCAUCUGGCGGUGUGAACGGGGGCCAGGCACAAUGGGACUAUUCCGUUCCUGUCCGAGAAGACAGCUUUAACCGCCGCUCCAAGUCCCGUACCUCCCAUGAUUCCCACCGAAAGUCCCGCGACCGCAAUUCCAAGGAGUCCCGGAGCUCCUCCAUGUCCAGACAGCCGUAUAUGCAGGAGUCGAAUUAUAAUAGAAACUCCAGUCGUGGACGACGUGAUCACAGCCGUGGACGUGGAAGUGAGGCGGGAAGCUCCAAAGGUGUCUAUGGUCAUGAGUCGGGGAGCCGGAGCGUCGGGAAUGUGAGAGAGUCGACCAGUGGGGCUCCUCAUGGCCUUACUGAGGAGGCCAAGUGGAUUCAUCGUGAUAAGCUGGCCAAGAUUGAAAGCGAGGAACUACACCAGGCCGCUCUUCUCUUCCAUCGUCGUCCAGGCAUCGAGACCAAGUCCUCUCGUGGGAGGAGUCAGGCGACACGCCAACGUGGUAUCAGUGAGUCGUCUGAGACCGAGCCGACGGAGCACAACGAACCCUGGCCGAAUAUGAGCGAGGAGCAGCGGGAGUACAUUAACGAAUCUCCUAAGUCUUUCGAAGUCAAUGGCGCAGCCACUGGCCCGCACGAUGAGCGCAAGACCUGGGACCUUCGCAAGCCUGAAGAGAUCGCCGAGGAAGCAAUUGACGAUGGUGCAUCCAGCGUAUACCGUAAUCCCCAUCUUCGCAAGAGCUCCUCCCGUAUUCCCAUUCCCAGGACUACUACCGCGCCUAACUUGCCCACCGAAGCACGCUCCCGAGCCCAGACCAUGGGAGAUGAUGUCGACGCCUCUUCCCCCUCCAGGCCGCGUCGAGCUAGCGAGCCGAUGACCAUAGACGAUUUUACACCCACGCCGAAUGGAAGCAGACCCAACAGCCGGGGUGCCAACGCAACCAUGCAGAGCGCUGGAGGCAGGAGACCGGCAGCUAAGAGUACUCAGGGGUCUACCAACCGCAAGACCUCGGCACCUGCAACGUCGAGAAAGACCACCAAGUCACGUACGACGUCGACAGCCAACGGCACGAGACCAACCGCCAGAGGCGACACCCGGCCCACGACGGCAGUGAAUCGUCCCGAGGGCGAUCCGCCAUGGUUGGCGACCAUGUACAAGCCGGAUCCGCGUCUGCCUCCGGACCAGCAGAUCAUCCCCACGCAUGCGCGCCAGAUGAUGCAACAGCAGUGGGAGAAGGAGGGUAAAACACCCACUACAUACGAUCGCGGAUUCGCUCCAUUGGCUAUUGCUAGUGACGCUCCUCCUUCGAACAACAAUAAUGAUAAUAAUGAGAAAACCGAGGAGCCACCAAAGGAAGAACAAAUGCAGGAGAAAUCAGAGAAGCCAGAGACAGAAGGAAAUGGCACCUGGCCGCUCUCGCCAUCCAAGAGCCCCGACCCGAUAUCUCCCAGUACAGGCACCGGGUACAGUCCGAUGCCCAGGGUGCAAGAUCCGCCUCCAGCGGCCUUGACGCCCAAAUGGAGUCCACCCGUUGUGACUGCACAGGAGCCACCACCUCCGAAGGAGAAGAAGGGAGGCUGUGGCUGCUGUGUCGUUAUGUAA